AUGGCCUUUUCUCACGAGACAACCCCAGGUACAGAUGUGUACGGCCCUGGGACUUUUAUCGAUAAGCAUGUUCUCCCCGUCCCCGAGGACACUCGCCGGGUUUUCGAAUAUCUAGCCUCGAAGACGCCUGGAUUCACCCAAAACAAAGAAGUAUGGGAUACCGUCCAUUUCGAGGGAGAGCCGGACCCCAUGAUUCCUGGUCCUAUCAAAUCACCUGUUGUUGCCGCGGCUCUGCAUGCCAUGUGCGGUGUGGUAGGGAACGAGUUGGUGGAGCUUCGCGAUAGCAGACCAGCGGCGGAGGGCAGUGUCACCGUCAACACGGAUCAGGCAGCAAUAUGGCUUGGCUCGGUGGCGACUACGCAUAUCAAUGGGUCUGAUAUCCCAGCUAUAGCGAUAUCCGGCAAGUUGAACACCCUCUUUGACCGUGAUUUUGAACAAGGCUUUGGCAAAGGUCUUGCAAGUAGAGCAACGGCGAUCUACCAAACCAAGGAUCCAAACGUGUGGUAUCAGCUUCAUGGCUCGCUCGAUGCUAAUCGAGUUCUCAAAACGAUGGGAAUCGACACAAAUGUUGCCUUUAAUACACCGAGCGAGUAUUACGACUACAUCCAGAAACAUGUCCGUCAGUGGAGUCCGGAUGAGCUUGAGAUGCACAACGUACGUCAUGGUCUUUGUGGAAGCAUAUGCUAUAAGCCGGAAUCAUGGCGAAGCACGGAAAUGGGAAAGCAGCUUGCCAAGCAUCCGUAUGUGAACUAUACCCACGAAGCCUAUGCAGCUCCUACACCCCAGCAGCCUUUGCCCAAGGUUCCUGGCGACCGGAGACCAUUGGCGGGGAUCAAGGUCCUGGAGAUGGUACGCAUUAUCGCGGGCCCAACCAUCGGUGUGACUCUUGCCGCUUUUGGUGCAGAUGUUAUUCGAGUCAACUGUAGUAAAUUGCCCGAUCUCAAUGUAAGCUGCCUUACUUCCUUGAUCGAACAGACCUGA